AGUCGUGCAACAGUUGUGCCUCACUUUGGUCGCUCCGAAAGGAAAGGGAGAAAUCGAACCAUUUUCCCUUAUCUCGCCCCUCAAUUCUGGGGACUAUUUGUGUAUCUCUAGUCGACACACAAUCUCUAUUAUCUCUGGAAAAAACUCACAUUUACUUUUUUCCUUCAGUGCUAAAGUGAAUUGUGGAUGAAUUUUUGGGCCUUCUCAGUGACUUUUCAAAUUGAAGGUACCAGACAAUUUUUAGUGCAUCUGCACAAUAUGUGCCAGUGCAGUUGAAAGUGGGCUGUUUUGUGGUGAGGUAAUUCCAUCGAAUCUGAGCCAGUUCAAUGAACAAUCUGUGCUGCAGUGUUUGAAACUCCACGAGGGAGAAUGUGUGACGCGGGAAACAAAUUUGUCUGUCCCAGCGACAGAAUGCUGGCGCUCAGAGCCAAGCUCCACUCGGGAUGGUGCACGGGAAAACCAGCAAGUGGGAGUAGUCUUAAGCCCGAUGAACAGGCAGCCAUCCUCAAUGUUAUUAAGCGGAAUGAGGCACUAGAGAUGGCUGAGAGACAGAGAAUAGGAAUGAUGGUGGAGCGUUUGGAGAAGCUCAAGCUGCGAGCCACAGACUGUGGACCACGGAAUUGUCGCCUCUGUGGGCAAUCCUUUGGGCUACUGUCGCUGUCAAAACAAAUUUGUGAUGACUGCCAUCAUCAGGUGUGUUCCAAAUGCUCCAUCGAGCUCACUACAAAGACUCUCCAAGGUGAGAGGGAAAUUUGGCUGUGCAAAAUAUGUUCGGAGACACGGGAGAUGUGGAAGAAGUCAGGAGCAUGGUUCUUUAAGGGGAUUCCACGGUAUGAAUUGCCUCGUAGGGAUAUAUCCAUAUCGAAGUCCUUUCGGCGAGAGGAGAAACCCAUCGUAGGGAGGACUAUGAAGUUGGGAGUGCGUCUGAAUGAUUCAUCAUCUGAGGAGGAUGAGGAGGAGGAUAAGGUAGAUACAACUGAAGUUCUUCAAAGAAGACAGUCGAAUUUGCUCAUGGGAAACGGAAGCACAGCGAGGGAGAGACCACACUUAGUAUCAGAGUCAUCGAUGGGAAGCAGAAAAAUGUCCAUUGGAGCCCAUAGUCAGACACUAAGUUCGACAAAUUCUCAGGAUAGUGCUACACUAUCCCUGGCUGAAUGGAGGAAUCAACAAGAGGGAGGUGGUCUCAUUAGAACAUCAUCAAUCCUUCGGCGUGGCUCCAUUUCUUCCAGCUACUCUACAUCCGAAUCCACAGUUGGUGUCCUGAGUGCAGUGACCAUAAGUCAAGGCUGCAAAGAACCACCUUUGGGUUGGGUGGAGCUCGUUCUGAACUAUGAUGAGUCCAAUCAUUCCCUCGACUGUUCUGUGAUACGCGCCCGGGACUUGCCUCCAAUGGACAGUUCUGGGCUAGCAGAUCCUUUCUGCAAAAUCAAUGUGGUGUCUAUCGAGGGUAUGGCUCGUCAACAGCGCUGGAUGAAGACUAAAACAGUGCAUAAGACUCGCAAUCCUGAGUUCAACGAGACCGCCACUUUCCUUGGUAUGGAACACGAGGAGCUCAAUCGAUCCAUCCUCUAUGUCGUCAUCCUUGACGAGGACAAGUACGGUCACGAUUUCCUAGGCACGGCGAAAAUCGUCCUCUCACCAAUUUAUGCAACAAGUCCCUGUCGUAUCUCUGUGCCACUCGAUGCUGAGGAUCAGCACAGCAUCGACGCGAGUUUGUCCGGUCCAUGGCCCCGUGGACAAAUCCUUAUAUCUCUAUGCUACAACACAAAAAAACGUGCCCUCGUUGUGCACAUUAAGCGCUGCAUCAAUCUUCUUCCCAUGGACAACAAUGGAUUUUCCGAUCCAUUUGUAAAAAUCCAACUCAAACCCGAUUCGCAUCGCAAGAAAUUCAAGACGAGCAUAAAGUGGCGCAAUUUGAAUCCUGUCUUCAAUGAGGAAUUUAUGUUCGAGUCGCGUCCCAAUGACUUCGACAAGCAAUUCCUCAUCAUCACUGUAUGGGAUAAGGAUUUUGGCAAAAGCAACGAUUUUCUCGGAUCCCUUAUGCUGGGCCCCACUAGCAAAGGCAGACGCCUGAAGCAGUGGCGAGAUUGUGUUCGCCUUCCGGAUCACUAUCACGAACAGUGGCAUUGUUUAUCUGCUGAUCCAGCACAUUGAGCCAUAAAUUACACAAAAAUAUGUGCUAAAAAUCAAGGGAACAGCAACUGGUGGUUUCGGGUAAUACUUUUGAGUUUGCACAAAUGCUGAUUCAACAAACUAAUAAAAUAAAUUCAUAUCAAUAUCAGAUAAAGAAGCAAUUUGAUAAAAAUCUGAUUCUAAUGAAAUUCUUUGUACCCCUCAAUUUCCUCUUCUAAAACAACCAUGAAUGCUUAUCUUUUUUUAUUAAUCUGUUAUGCGGAUUUUGAAGAUAAUAGAAGAUUUUUUUUUAAACUUUUGUAAACUUUAAAAGUUUAUAAAGGGAUCUCUGUAAAUGGCUUUGAAAUCAUACAUUAAGUUUGUUAUACUGCGAUUGAUUUUUAAGCAAAACUAUUACAGCCAUUACAGCCUCUUUUAGGAUCAAUUUAUUCUAUUAGAACCAGGUCAUAAAUCAUAGGUUCUGUUUCUUAAUUUCUUCCAUAUAAUAACUAUUGAGGCUGUUGAAUAUAUUCUGAUAAUGACAAAUUCGAAAAAGAAAAAUUUUGGAAAUUAAAAAAAGAAAAACAAAAGCACAGGAAAAUAUGAUUUUUUUACUAAAAGAUAAAAUAUUUUUGUUUUAUAAAACUGAUGAAGAAA